UACGUUUAGCCGUUUAGACUGUGCGUUGAUAUGUCAGUGAGUCAGUCAGUUUCUCCUUUUAUAUAUUUAGAUAGAGCAUACGAAUCUGAAGCUUAUCUGAAGUCUCGCAGCCGUUUGACGUCUCUAAAACACCCUCUUGUGCCGUUCCCAUAGUUACCUCAGGCACUGAAUGACUUAAGCGCUAGACUAGCGUAUUAUGUUAUCUGUGGCUUAGACAUGAAAUAGAUAUAUUAAGUGCUGCAUGUUUAAUUGGAUGUUAGUAGUUUAAUGGUGUCUGUUACGACUUUGCACAAGAGGAAAAUAACGGUAGCCAACAAAAUAAUGGUUAUUACGAAGGUCGUAUCAACACACAAUAAACUACACGAUGCACUUUAUAUAAGGUGAUAAUAAUACGUAUACAUAUAAAUUGCACAACAAAGUAUCAAUUGUAUUUAUGUUGCUUGUACAGUCAGCGUCAAAUAGUUUGUGACACCCAAAAAGUUCGCAACACGUUUUUGUUACAAAGAAUAAAGUUACGUUGACAUCUUUUUGGCUACUUUGAGUGUCAUGAACUAUUGACGCUGACUGUAGGUACGAGUAAGUACCUAAGUGUUAAGUAACAAUAAUUUUUUUUUUCCCUUUACUUCUUGUUCUUGAGUAUAAAAUAAGUAAAAUGAAAAGCCGUAGUAACUAUACGUAUUGGCUCCUUGGAGUAUUUCAUUUGUUCUAUAAAGCCUCUAAACCCGCAAAUUGAUAGUACAAACUUAAUGGAAGCUGUUCUUGAACAAGACGUGAUUUAUAUUCAACCAGCAUGUCGUCUAAGUAGCAGAAACAUUUCAAUUCAUUAAACGCGAAGCUUUCAAGUAAUGAGUUUGAGCAGAUUAAUAACGUUUAAGUUUUGUAACAAGCAGUAUCUGGGAGUGUAAUGCUUUCUGCCUUCACUGAGUCUUCAUUUCGUUUAACUUAAGGCCAUGCGAGCAUGGGUGAUUUUUUGUCACCGUGACAGUACAUCUCUCUUUACACUCGCCGACCACGGGCUGGAAGACGUUGCGUGGGCAUUUGGGCAAACCCUCACAAGGUAGACUGACUGCGGGAAGAAUCUGGAUGUAGGCAGCGCAGGACCAGUCGCUAUGGAAAUCCUUGAGGGAGGCCUUUGUCCAGCAGUGAACGUCAUUUGGCUGAAACAAUGGAGAGACAGUCAUACUGUCACGGUGAAAAAUGUCACCCUUGCGCGCGUGCCUUAAGGGUCAUAAUAGCACACGCUACUUCAACUUCUAGAGACGGUCACUACCACAGGUCACUACAUAAAUUUUAUUCGUUCCUAUGUUGCUCUUACUCUCUUAUGUGUUUUCUAUUUUUCACAGUAUCACAGAAGUCAUUUUACUACAAUGACAAUUUUUAACUUUCGGGAUUAAAAUUGUGUGUAUUCCAUUUCGUUUCUUAAUGUGGAUAUGGAUGGAUUCGAAAUGGGAGCAUUUUAUUAUAUCGUAAAUAAAUACCUUGUAAAGUUUCAAAGGAAGAUGCGACUGAAUCGCAUAUCCUCGAUACUAAAGUAGCAAAUGUGCGAUUACCCUUAACUAAUAGAACGAUUUAAUUAAAACUUCUUUUAUACUAAAGAAUCGUACACUUCUUGUUAUUUGCUAUGAACUCAACUAUGAUGUCAAACAUUAAAGAGGAUGAAAAUGAGACGGUAUUUAAAUAGGUUUGUUUUAUCUGUUAAUAAAGAGGACUAGAUUCCCAGGUGGGACAGCAAAAGUGAGUGAGUACCUUUUUACCUUUCGAAGAUAAGGAAUAACACACAACAACAUCACAAAAUUCUCUCCUAAACUGAGCAAAAUCGGAGGAACAUACUCGUACAUGGGGUUUGGAUACUCCUUGACAUAAAGAAUCUAAAGGAGAACAACCAUUUUGGGCCCAAGUUUGUACAGAGUUGUACAUUGUGAGUUUGUGCCGUUCACUCGAUCGGACGUGUCAGCGCUAUGAAAAUAAAUAUUUAAUUUAACUAUUCACUAGCAAAAUCGCGACCUACAUUAUCGAAACUCGGAAGUGUUUUAUCUGUGUCAUUUAUUUCUAAUUGAACACUGAACUUAUAAUGAUUUGUGUAUAGACUUGAUAAUAUGGAAGGAAGUCCCUUCAACCGGAGUGCGCUCACGCAGCGCAGCCCUCCGCCCACGCCCACGCAGCACGCGCCGCCCGCCGCCCCCGUCAUGGAACCACUCGAAGUGGUGGCCACUUCAGAACUCCAGAACUGGAUGAAAAGCAUCGAGCAGUGCCUGAAUGAGGUGUGCAUAAUCUCAUCGGAAGGAAAGCUCAACACUGACCAGAAACUGAGGAUUAGUAACCUGUGCAGAAGGGUGAGUAAUGGAACAUCCCAAAUGGCCGUACAAUACCAGUCGCUGAAGCAAAAGGCCAUUCAAGCUCAUAGCAACAUACAGGUCCUUAAAGAAAGUCAAGACAUUUCACAGCAACUUCAAGACCUCAAGAAAAGCAUAGAAGUGACCUCAAAACCUAUCUCGGGAGCGUUUUCCUUUGCUGACAUGGUUAAAAAGAGUCCUGUCAAUUUUAUUCAGCCCAAAAACUUCAGUUCUGUAGCUAUUUACCCGAAUGAUAAAAUGAAGUCAAGCGAGGAAACCAAGUCCCUAGUGCAAAAAAUAAUUAAGCCCGAAGAAAUGAAAUUGCACGUGAGAGGUCUACGGAAAACUAGAGAUGGCGGCGUUAUCAUCAGCACCAACUCCAAAGACGACAUCGAGAAGAUAAAGCAGUCAACGCAAUUAAGAACAUCAGGCCUCAUCAUAGACGAGACGAAGAAACGGAAGCCCAGGAUUAUAGUACUGGGAGUUCCUGCUUCCAUGGAUGAAACUGAGGUAUUUAAAUGCAUAUACCAUCAAAACCUAGCCGACAAACUUCAAAAUACGUCACUGGAAGCGUUCAUGUCCUCUAUUAAGCUAAGCCAUAAAUCAGGGAGGAAAGACACCGAAACCUGUAAUUAUGUAAUUGAAGUCACAGCUCAAAUACGGAAGACCUUGAUAGCAAAUGACAGAGUUUUUGUGAACUGGUCAUCGUGCCCUGUUAGAGACUUUACCCUAGUGACAAGGUGCUACAAGUGUCAGCAGUAUGGACACGCUGCUAAGACCUGUCGUGAAGCUAAUAUCACUUGCGGCCACUGCGGAGAAGUGGGUCACGUAUUAAAGGAUUGCAAUAAAAAGGAUGAACCCUCAAAAUGUGCGACCUGCUUGCACUUCAAAAAGCCCAACAAUCACAAGACAGGUGACGCUGAGUGCCCUGCUAAGAAACUAGCAGAACAAAGAUAUAUUAACACCAUAGAUUACGAAGGCGCCUAAGAGCGUCCCCUGCGAGUUUAUGUUUGUCUUGAUGUGUCAGUUUUAUCAUUAGCUAAUUUACUACCUAGAUUGUAUAAAUUAACUUUUACCAUUAGUACCUACUAGUAGAUAACUCCAUAAUUAAUCAUAGAGCUGUCCCACUAACCUUUUAUCAAAUCUACCUUAACAAACCGAAUUGCAUUUAAGUAUAUCUAGAGUAAACAUAAAUAACUUGUAUGAUUUUUGCAACAUUGAGCGUGACCCAGUUUAUUAUUUUUGUUUACGCAGACACUGUAUGUUGGAUGUUUUUAAUAAAGUAUGUAGAACAAGCAAUA